GUGUAUGUGCUCCAUGUCUAUAAAAGCCACACAGUCACGAGGGUGCUGUCCUGCAGAGGAGCUCAAGUGUAAGUCAGAGAAAGAGACAAACGAAACAGAAGACUGCAUUUGCUUUCCCCUGGCUGCCCUGCCUUCUCUGUAUAAGCUGUAAUCAUGGCCAAAAACCUGCUGAAGAAUCCCAAUGGGGAAGAGCAGCUGGAAUUCUGGGAGCUGACGGAGAAUGGAGGGAGUCAGUGGAAGGUGGAGGACAUGCCAGGAGACUGUGGCUACGAGUUCUGCAACGAUGGAGUGACAAAAUACUUUGCAACCUCCUUUGAGCUGUGUCUGAAGAGGCAGGUGAUCGACUUGAUAGCGGAGGAUUUCUCCAGUGAACAGUUGGACGCUCAGCCACCAGUCACAGUGGAGGACUGGUACUGCGGGAGGUCGGAUUGUGGCUGCACCUACCAAAUGAACGUGUGUCUGCUGGAUGAGAAUCAAGAGGUCAUACAGGAGUUCAAACCUGAGCCAGUGACUCUCGUCCCAGAGUGUGACGACUGUUCGUGGAAGCAGAUCACCCAUACAUUUUCUGACUACGGACCUGGAAUGCGUUUCAUCUCCUUUGAACAUGGAGGACAAGACACCAAGUUCUGGGACGGUUGGUUUGGAGUCCGGGUCACUGGGAGCUCUGUUACUGUUGAGGUCUGAACAAGAGGAAAAAGAAAGAAAGGAGAAGGGAGCCAAGUAGUUAGGGACACACUGAGAGAUAAAGGAGGAAGAUGAGGACAGAGAACUAGAGUAAUGUAAGGACUCCAGCUUGGAGUGUAGGUUUCCAGGUUUUAAGAGGACCAUCUUUGCCUUAUGCACCUAGCUUACCCCUCUGUAUAUUACGCAUAGUGCUGUUCAUGCUGUGAAAAGACACUGCUGUUACGAAGGCUGAACUUACAAAUCUGCAAAAAAAACCACCGUCAUGGUACCACAGCAGCUUUACUAACUUUAAAUACUAAAAUUACUGCUUACAAUACAGUCAGUGAUAUGAUGUGUUACUGUCUCUGGACUGUGUUUGGUGGAUGGAGUUGUUGUAAGCAGUCAAGUGGUUUAACAUUGAAAUUGGAAUUAAAAUGAUGAACUACAUGGUGAACUACA